AAUUUCUUACGAAGUUCUCUGUUUUUCCCUUAUAUACUUAUUGCUUCUACUUUGUUUCUGAGGUAUUGAGCCAUCUGUUUUCUGAUUUUGAACAUUACAUCCACAUAUAUUUUUCUUCUCAUACAUCCUCAUGUCGUCAUUACUUUCGACUUCCUCAUCCAUUUCUAGAAAGAAAUACGAUGUUUUCCUGAGUUUUAGAGGUGAAGAUACCCGCAAGAACUUUACGGAUCAUCUCUACAAUGCUCUAAAUAGAAAUGGGAUCGUCACUUUUAGAGAUGAUCCAAAGUUGAAGGCUGGUGAAGAGAUUGCACCAGAACUCUUCAAAGCAAUUCAGCAAUCAUGGUGCUCGGUAAUCGUUUUUCCAGAGACCUAUGCCUUUUCAGGUUGGUGCUUGGAGGAGCUUGCGGAGAUUGUUAAACAAAAAAAUGACAAGGGUCAUAAAGUAUUUCCAAUUUUCUACCAUGUGGAUCCCUUUGAUUUAAGAAAGCAAAAAGGAAAAGUUGAAGAAGCUUUCGCCAAACACGAAGAAAGAUACAAAGAAAAUAAAGACAAGAUCCAAAAGUGGCGAAAUGCUUUGACUGAAGUGGCUAACAUCAAGGGAUGGCAUUUGCAUAAUAGGCAUGAAUCAGAGUUUAUUGGAGAUGUUCUUAAGAAGAUAUCAGCGAAAUUAUGUCAGACAUAUCCGAUUGUUCAUGAUGAGUUGGUUGGAAUUGGUUUACGUUUGGAGAAAUUGUAUUCGAAAAUAAAUAUUGGGGAAGAUGAUGUCCGCAUUAUAGGAAUUUGUGAAAUGGGUGGCAUUGGUAAAACAACUCUUGCAAGGAUUGUUUACACUCAAAUGUCACCUCAUUUUGAAGGUACAAGUUUUCUUGCUGAUAUUCGAGAAGUUGCAAACAAAUGUGGACUUGUUUCUUUACAGAAACAACUCCUUUCUCAAAUCUUCCCAGAUGAAUGCUUCAAAUUUUUCGAUGUGCAUGAAGGGAAUACCGUAAUUAGCCACAGGUUGUCUAGCAAGAAGGUUCUUGUUGUUCUUGAUGAUGUUGAUAACUUACAACACUUGAAAUGCUUUGUUGGAAGGCGUGAUUGGUUUGGUUUAGGGAGUAGGAUCAUUGUAACAACAAGAGAUGAAAAUUUGCUCCGAUCUUAUCGAAUCGAUGAUGUAUAUAAGCCUACAACAUUGGAUCCUAAUGAUGCACUUAGGCUUUUCAAGUUGAAUGCUUUUGAUAGUGAUACAAUGCCGAAAUAUGAUUUCAUUGAGCUUUCUAAACAUGUUGUACAUUAUGCUGAUGGUCUCCCCUUAGCUCUUGAAGUUUUGGGUUUAUUUUUGUAUGGUAGAGAUAUAAUUCAAUGGAGAAGUACAAUCGAAAGACUUAAACAAGAUUCUAACAAAGAAAUUCUUGACACACUAAGAAUUAGCUUUGAUGGAUUGGAAGAAAGGGAGAAGAAUAUAUUUCUAGAUAUAGCAUGCUUUUUCAAUGGGGAGGAGAAAGAUAUGGUAAUGAAAGUAUUGGAUGGUUGUGAGUUUUUUCCAGAUAUUGGAAUCGAUGUUCUCAUUAAAAAAUCUCUCAUAAAAGUCAGUGAUGACAAUAAAUAUUUGCGGAUGCAUGCCUUGUUGCAAGAAAUGGGAAGAAAAAUUGUUGAAGAAAAAUGUGUUGAUGAACCUGGAAAACGUUGUAGAUUGUGGAAGGAAAGGGAUGUUCAUCAUGUCCUAACAAAAAACACGACUUGUUCAUGGGUUGAGCUACUUGGCCAGGUCCAAAGGCCCACUCAGGAUUUGGGAGUGUUCGGGGAAUCGGGCAAGAUACUCAAUUUGAAUGUCGAUGCCUUCUCGAAGAUGAAAAAAUUGAGAUUGUUCAGAGUGCUUUGCCUCUCAAACUGUGAUGAUCUCAAAUAUCUUUCUAAUGAGCUACGACUUUUAGAUUGGACAGGAUAUCCUUUAAGAUCAUUGCCUUCAAGCUUUCAACCGGACAACCUUGUCGUACUUUUCUUACCAUAUAGUCGCAUUGAACAACUAUGGAAGAGAAAUAGACCCUUGUAUAAGUUGAAAAUAAUAAGCCUUAAACGGUCCCGAAACCUCAUCAAGACACCAGACUUCACAACAACCCCAUAUCUCGAAGUUCUGAUUAUGGAAGGUUGUACCAGAUUAGUAGAUGUUCAUCCAUCACUUGGACUGCUUAAGAGACUUAAACUUUUGGAUUUAAGAGACUGCAAAAGUCUUAGGCUUCUUCCAAUCAGAAUUGGAGCAGAAUCCCUUGAAACUUUAAUUCUUUCGGGUUGCUCCAAUCUUGCCAGGGUUCCAGAGAUUGAUGAGAAAAUGGAACAUCUAAAAACUCUUGAUCUUUCUGGUUGUUAUAAAGUUGAAUAUUUGCCAGAGAAUUUGCAGCAGGCAGAAUCUUUGGAAGAGCUUGACUUGAGUGAAACAGCCAUAAAAGAACCACCAUCCUUCAUUUCUCAUUUGAGAAAUCUUAAAGUUUUUUCUUUCGAUGGAUGCAAGGGUCCGUCUAAGUUAAAAAGAAAUCUCCUUUCUCUUUUCAAGGUAAGCCAAAGAGGAAGUGUUGAGCAUUGGCCUGCAAUGCAACAUGUGGCCAGCAACUUUGCAAACAGACCAGCAUUGGAGCAAAACCGAGUAUAG